CCCUCUCAUCCUUCACCUCAAUUCAGUAUAGAUCCAGUAGAUCAAGAUGAAGUUGGUCUCCAGUCUCCUGCCGCUUGCGGCACUCACUUCUGCCUUUGUCGUACCUGACCAGCAGAUUACGGAGCAGCUUGCUCUCCAAUCCCAGAAAGAGCCCCAGUCCUACUUCAACAGAUUCCAAGGUAGCGUUGAAGAAGCUUGGUCUGGUGUCGAAGACACCUUCAACAACGCCGUUGCAUUCUCCGAAAAUGCUCUCGACAACGCCAUCAAUGCUGUGUCUGGUGCUGCCAAUGAGGCCAAGGCAAAGUUCGAGUGUCAUAUGUCCAUGGAGAAAUGGGAUAUUCAGGGAUGGCUCGACUCAGCCGCCUCUACAAUUGAAGAUGUCGAUAUCUUUGAGACUUCCAGACCACACGACCCUCACCACAAACCACAUCACGGCCACCACGCUCCGAACAAGACUGUCUACGAGCUUAUCACUAGCAGCAAAUAUACCACAAAAUUUGCUCAGCUGAUCGACGAAUACCCCGAUUUGGUUAAGACUUUGAAUGGCACUGCUGCCAAUUACACAGUCUUUGCACCAACAAAUAAGGCUUUCGAGAAGAUCCCGGAGCACGGCAGGAAGCCCUCCAAGGAAUUGCUCAAGAAGGUCCUUGCAUACCAUAUUUCUCCAGACUUCUACCCAGCUGGACGGGUCCUGGUUUCACACACCAUCCCCACGGUAGUGGACGAGGGCUCUCUUGGAGGUGUGGCCCAGCGUCUCCGUGUUGGUCUCAGCCUUAAGGGCUUGCUUGUCAAUUUCUACAGCAAAGUUGUAGCCAUCAACAUUUUUGGCACUAAUGGUGUGAUUCACGGCGUCGACUCGCUUCUGCUCCCACCACCGCCCGCCCUCAAGAUCAUCGAGCUCUUCCCAACAGAAUUCAGCACCUUGCAGCUCGGGUUGGCCAAGACCGGUCUCUUCGACGCCAUUGCCAAGUCACACCACGAAGGCGGAACCUUCUUCGCCCCUUCCAACUUCGCAUUCAAGAAACUCGGUCCUAAGGUCAAUGCUUUCCUUUUCAGCAAGUAUGGCGAGAAAUAUCUCAAAGCCCUUCUGAAAUACCACAUCGUAGCCAACCAAACCCUCUACUCGGAUGCCUUCUACAAAGCCAAGAGCGAGGAUGGAACAGAUGUCAAGAUCACCGAGGAAGUAGACAUGGCUGGGAUCCCCAAGGGACAUUUCCACGUCGAUCUACCUACCUUACUCGAUGAUAAGAGUCUGAGCGUCGACCUUGCAAGGUUUGGAGGCUUUAUCAACAUCAAGAUCAAUGGGUUCAGCAACGUGGCUGUACAGGACGGCAUCGCCAAAGAUGGGGUCAUCCACGUUGUGAGCUCCGUCCUCAUUCCUCCCAGGGCUCCCGGCGGGGCACAAUAUAUGGGUGAGGAGAUGAGUGUCGAGGAGUUUAAGGCAAGAUUCGAUGCCUUUGAUCAGGAGUUGUAAGAUGUCCCCUCGGAAAUGGAGACUCAAAAAAUGAAAAUCAAAAAUUGUAUAUGUAUUGGGUAGGGAAUGGAAUCUUAGCUUAGGUGUAUCAAUUUCCCUGUUAUAGAAAAAUGUAUAAGUAACGACCGCAUAUGAGGCUUCUAUU